UCCACCACGGAGCAGGACCGGAAAUGGUAAUGUGACAUCACUGUUCUGCUUCCGGUGCAGGAAUACAGCCCUAGUUUACUUUUAUAUAUAAACUGGAACCCGAGUUAACAUGGCGUCUAUCACAGAUCUGAAAAACGCCCUGAGGGAGAUGUUGGAGGUGCGAGGUGUUCUCCCACAGCUCAGAGCGAGGAUGAGGGCAGAGGUGUUCAGAGCGUUAGAUGAUGUAAGUGAGACCCGACCUUCACCUGGUCCUCACAUGCUGCUCAUCAACCAGAUGAUCCACGAGUACCUCAGGUUCCACAAGUACCAUCACACAGAGUCUGUGUUUACUACAGAGUCAGGACAGCAGGAUGUUCCUCUGGACCGAACAUUCAUUGCCAAUGAACUGAACAUUGUAGAAGAGCCAAGCACCAGGGAACUCCCUCUGCUGUAUGGAGUUAUCGCUCACUUCCUGAAUGAGGAAAGAGCAUGAAGAAAGAUGUCAGAGCUGAGGAAGUCACGUGACAGUGAGAGGGCACGUGACCCAGGUCACAGCAGCUUUAAUAUUGUUUAAUAUUGUUGCUCCUGAGUGGUUUAGUAUUUCUGUUUUAUCUCUCUAUUCUUUUCGAAAAAUAAAAUCUGUUUUUAAAAUG